AUGCUUGCUCUCUUGCAAGAUCUCGGUCAAUGGAUUUUGACCGAUUUUGACAUCGAGUAUGUAAAGCACCAUCCGAGUGCCACCACCGCGGAAGCCCAUGACUCCCUUGCCAAUGAAAUCGUGUACAUGAAAAGAAGCAAUGUCACCAACAGAUUUGUUCUUGACAAGCUAAACUCGUUGGAAAGGGCAUUAGCCAAAGCACAAAGUGACAAGAUAAACAAGUACUUCUGGAAGAAUUGCAAAAAGGCUGUUUGUACUUCUGCAGUUGACGAGAGAGUUGCAACCUAUCAAACAGAGGUUGGAGUAAGCAAGUGCUUGGCAUUAGCGAUCGAAAAGCGAGCAAAGGAGUUGGAGUUGGCGUUUCCCAAGCGUGCUCAUGAUGCAGUAGAAGCAUACAGUGACGAUGAAAACAGUGAUGCAGGUAGCAUGUCAAGUGGCGAAUAUCGCUCCCGCCGUCCAAAAAAACAAAAGGGGAACAAAAAGAAAGGCGUGAAGCCCGUCACAAGAACCAUAGCACUUACUGACUCUGAUGCAAACGGCCGCUAUGAGAUGAAAAAUCCUGUAUUCAACUGA